AUAUGGUGACCCGUAUGUUUCCCCCUUCCGUGUUUCCCUUUAUUGUGUUGUUUAGUCAGAGAGAGCAAAAGACAAGACGUGAACUCGACCAAGGCCAUAACUUUGAAAAGAAUUAUAGAAAACUGAGACAUUACUGCUGUGAAAAUCAUGUGGUUUAAACUCGCUGUGGUCGCUCUAGUGUUUCUGAGCGCCAGUUGCUCUGCCAAAAAAACUGACCCAACUGUGCAAGUGUAUAGCCGUCACCCUGGGGAGUACGGCAAAGAAAACGUGCUGAUCUGCUAUGUGAGUGGCUUUCACCCCCCUGACAUCUCCAUUAAGCUCCUCAAGAACGGGGUGGAGAUCCCAAACAGCAAACAGACCGACCUUGCCUUUGAAGCGGGCUGGAAGUUCCACCUGACCAGAUACGUUGAAUUCAAUCCCAAGUCCGGAGAGCAUUACACCUGCAGUGUCAGUCACAUGGGGGCAGAGCCAAAGUUAUUCUCGUGGGAGCCUGACAUGUGAACAUGCAACAAUUCCAGAAAACAACAGUUCUUCCUCACUCCCAUUUUCUCCAAAACGUACACUUGUGCAUUUGCAUCUGCUUUGAAUUCAUCAUGUAAUUUCGGGGUAUCCAAUCCUGCUCCAGCUUCAAUCUCACCCCUGCCUGGGAGUUUCUAUCCUCCUGAAUCAGAUUGGCCUCGAUCAGAUGGAAUAGAGUUGGAGCUAAACUCUGCUGGAUAGUUUCCCUCCAGAAGCAGGAAUUGGACACCCCUCAUGUACUUGCUCAACUUCUUUGUUUAGGACAGAGGUGUCUGAUCCUGUUUUUGGAAGGUCAGCGUCCAGCAGAGUUGAUCUCCUCUAAUUAAACUCCCCUGAACCAGAUUGGACACCCCUGCUGUACGAUAUGCUGCCUGUGCUGAUUAGAUUCAAUGGCAAUAUGUUUUUAAGAGGAUGCAGAGAAAUUUAUCGGUAACACUUUAUUUUACAGUGUCAUUGUUACAUAUGUUACAUGUACUUACCAUAGCAAUAACAGUAAAUAAUACAUAAUUACACUCAGCCAAACCCUAAUCCUCCCUAACCCUAUAUUAAGUACAUGUAGUUCAUUAAUAUUACUUAGUACUUAAAUAUAUAAUUACACUGUAACAAUGACACCUUAAAAUAAAGUCUAACUGAAAUGUCUAACUUCCUAAUUUCUUUUGAUGUAUGACAUUGAUUUUUUUUUUUGGAUUGAUUUUUUUCUUACAUUUUUUUUCUUUGAGCUCAAUUGACAUGUCCUUCGAAAUGAGACGUUAAACCGAGGUCCUGACUCUCUGUGGUCAUUAAAAAUCCCAGGAUGUCCUGUCGAAAAAGAGUUGGGGUGUAACCCCGGGAUCCUGGCCAAAUUUGCCUCUGUCCAUCAUGGCCUCCUAAUCAUCCCUAUAUAUACCGAUUGGCUUCAUCACUGUCUCCUCUCCGCCAGUAAGCUAGUGUGUGGGUGUUCUGGCGCAUUAUGGCUGCCGUCACAUAUAUAAAUGCUAUGAAUUAUCAUUAUAAUUAUUAUUAUUUAGUAGGGUGACUGAUAUAUGUGAAUAACAUUCAUAUACCUGUAUUGCACUCUUAUUUCCUGUAAUCACUGGGUGUGAAAUAGCUUGCCUUGAUUUAGUAUUCGUGUGCACUUGUACAACUAAAUUACUUUUGUUUGAAAUAUAAUUAAUUUGAAGAGUCAGGAUUAGUGACUUUUACUUUCUCAAUUUUACUGGCAUAAUUCUUGCAAUCUGGUUCAAACAUGUUUAUAAUGUUUCAACAGCCUUUAGCUUCCAGAAUGCAUUUUUAUUUUUUGUAAUUUACCAUAAAUCAAAGACGUUCAUGGCAAAAUCAUGAACGAUUAAAAAUUAAAAGUUGGGUUAAAAAUUAGACUAAAAAUGAAAAAGCCUUAGAAAUGGAAGCUUACUUUCUAUCCAUAAUGUAUGAACAUUUGACUGUAUAAUUCAUAAUGUGUUAUUCAGAUAAAUAAAAUAUUUUUUUUCCUCCUUAA